CGAAGAGGCAUGUAAACAAAAUAAACUUAGACUAUUUUUUACAUUUCAUAACGACAAAUAUUGAUCUGGUUUAGUAUGUUAUUCAUAUAGUCAAUAUACACAUUUCGAAAUACACUGAGAAACUUCAAUAGGUUAACAGGAUUAACAAUAGCUAGUUUUAAACAGUCAAGAUAGAGGUCCAUCCUGAAAAACAACACAUGGACGGAUACGGAAAAGAUGAACGGAAUCAGCCGGAUGGAGACAUCGGUUGCUGUGGUUACGUUCUCAUGUUUUUCUCCAUCGUCAUCUUGAUUCUGUUUUUCCCUUUCUCUUUGGUCUGCUCACUGAAGAUUGUACAAGAAUAUGAGAGAGCUGUCAUUUUCCGACUUGGUAGAGUAGUGUCUGGAGGGGCCAAGGGUCCAGGGUUAUUUUUCCUGUUUCCAUGUGUGGAUACAUUCAAGAGUGUCGAUUUGAGAACAUUUUCUUACGAUAUUCCACCACAAGAGAUUCUAACAAAAGACUCUGUGACCGUAGCAGUUGACGCUGUAAUUUACGCGCGCAUUUUCGACGCCACUAUAUCAAUCAUUAACGUCGAAAAUGCGCAUGCGUCAACCAAACUUCUUACAGCUACAACUUUGAGAAAUAUAAUGGGGACGAAAAGUUUGUCAGAACUAUUGAGUGAUCGGGAACAAAUUGCUAGCGCAAUGCAGACGACACUUGAUGAUGCGACAGAUCCAUGGGGAGUUAAAGUAGAGCGUGUUGAAGUGAAGGAUGUGCGACUUCCGGUACAGAUGCAGAGGGCUAUGGCUGCUGAGGCCGAGUCUGCACGUGAGGCUCGUGCUAAGGUGAUUGCCGCUGAAGGAGAAAUGAAGGCUUCCCGAUCCUUGAAGGAAGCCGCUGACGUCAUGGCCGAGUCACCGGCAGCAUUACAACUCCGUUAUUUGCAGACUCUCAACUCUAUCGCAGCCGAGAAGAACUCGACCAUUAUUUUCCCGCUCCCCAUUGACAUGCUUAGCAAAAUGGUGCACAAAUAAGAAGAAAAGCCGCCUUUGACAUGAUACAUUUUAAAAUUUCACGUUUGAUAUAAGACACUCUAAAAAAACGUUUAAAACUGAUAUUGGCUUUUAGGUGCCCAAUGUUAAAUGCUGUAUUUAUAUUUUCAUUUCAAUUUUUAAUGCCAUUAUAUAGACAGGGAAACCCAUAUUAUGAAAUAAGUAAACAAGAUUCGAUCUACGUUUAGAUAUCAACUUAAAGUACUAUUGCUGUGAUCUUUUCUCAGUUCUUACAUAAUUUAAUUGUAUGAUUAUUGACAAAGCUGUAUUUUAUUGUGCACCUUUAUAUAUUUUAUCAUAGCAAGAUGUUGUAAACUCAACUCAGAGCAAUUUUUAUUUAUAAGUUUGUAGUUAUGUGUGUACUUCAGUGAUAUUACUCAAACUUUUUAUAUAUUUGAUUUUUUUCUUUCUUUUUCUUCUCCUAUUUUGUAAUUUCCUUAUUGUAAAUUUUAAACAAUUGUUUAAAUCGGCUCUGUCACACCCUACAGGGAUUUUGAAUAGAGUACCUUAUCGGAGCUCUAUAUGUUGACUUGCACUCCAUUCAUGUAGGUGCAUUAUACGGCGAAAAGGAAACUUGUUUUUACGUGAGAUAUAUAUGUUAUUUCACAAUGGUCAAUUGGUUCAUAGUUUAAUUUUGGACACAGGUUUCACUUUUGGCACAUGUAAACAUAGCACCUUUGAGGAUGUUCAUACAUUUAAUAUUUUGACCCAUUGAUCCCUUUAUAUAUAGUUAUCUGCCGAUCUAGACCAACUAUUUUAAUAAGUUUAAAAAAUAUAUAUCGUAAUUUUUAUAGAAUUAAGUCAGGACUGACUUACAGAUCGACUGACAAAAACAGCAACAACAAAUAGACAGCUUUUCUCAAAAGACACAUUCUCAGAAUGAACUUAAACAACCAUAAAAUGUCAUUUCUACAAAGACAAAUAUAGAUACGCAUAGCCUUAAGGCAGACAGAUGGACGAACAGAGAGACCGACUGUAAACAGGCGGACAUACAUACAGACACAUUGUAAUAGACAGUGAUUUGUUGCAAAAUGAACGAAAAAUCGUAUUACAAUUAAAUCUAAACAGUAUAUAUUUUCGUUAUGCGUUUGUUUAUGAAAUGAAUCUACUGUUCAUUUCCCGGCACCUCGAGGUGCUCUAUACGGCAAAGACUACGAAUAAUACACCACUUAGUUCUCUAUACGACAAUGACUUGGAAUAAUACACUACUUAGUUCUCCAUACGGCAAAUACUACGAAUAGUGUACCACUUAGUGCUUUACUCAAACGAUCCCUUUAGGGUGUGACACGGCUUCAAUACAACUCAGUGUAGAAAAACAACAACAACAAAAAGGCAAAAAAAAAUUUGGAAAAACUAAUGUCUGGCAGUCUUUCUUUAAAAAAAACUAACAGUGAAAUGAACAUACAUAUAACUGACAUGUACAUAUAAAUAGAUAUAAAUGCUAUCAAAUUUCGUGUGAACUGACUGUUUUAAGUUAAUUGAGUUUAUGCCUUAAGUACAAGAAACGUAUAUAGCCUUUGAAAUAUAGGACCGGUACCAUAUUUCUGUAUACAAGUGGUACAUAUAUAUGCAUGUUGAAUGUAUAUUGAACAAUAAUUUGGUAAAAAUUAUACUCAUAAAUUUGUAAUUAAGAGGAAAGUUAUUGUCAUUAAAGUGAUGUAACUACCUCUGUUUUAUUUUACAUUUUAUAAAUGUAUACAACUCUACUCUUUUUUAUGAAUAUUUUAUGUAGUGCCACUGUUGUUUUUUUUAUAUAAAAAUCUUUGAAAAUAAAACAAAAUGUUUAUUGUAUUUACAUUA